AUGUCGGAUCACAAGCACUACCACCACCUCGUCAUCGAUGGUCGCGGCCACCUUCUCGGUCGUCUGGCUUCCAUCGUCGCCAAGCAGAUCCUCAACGGCCAGCGCCUCGUUGUGGUCCGUUGCGAGGAGAUCAACGUCUCCGGCUCGUUCUUCCGCAACAAGCUGAAGUACCUUUCGUUCCUGAAGAAGUGCUCGAACGUCAGGCCCACCCAUGGUCCCUACCACUACCGAGCCCCGUCCAAGAUCUUCUGGAGGACCGUCAGGGGCAUGGUUGCUCACAAGACCGCCCGCGGUGCUGAGGCCCUUGGUCGCCUGAAGGUCUUCGAGGGUGUGCCCCCUCCCUACGACAAGAUGAAGAGGAUGGUGUGCCCCGCUGCCCUCCGCGUGCUCCGCCUCAAGCCCGGCCGCGCCUACACCGUGAUUGGCCGUCUCUCCGAGGAGGUCGGCUGGAAGCACGCCGCCACCGUGAAGAAGCUCGAGGAGAAGAGGAAGGUGAGGUCCGCCGCCUACUACGAGAGGAAGAAGGCCCUUGCCCGCCUCCAGACCAAGGCUCUGGCCAACCGUACCGAGCAGCUCAAGCCCGUCCUCGAGACCCUCACUGCCUACGGCUACUAG